GCUCCGCCCUGCUCUGCUCCGCCCCGCCCCUCCUGGACUCGCGGGGAAGGCCUCCGCGGGGGAUAUGUCGUAGCCCACUCAGCGGAGGUAGGAGAAGUUGAAAGGCUGCGGGGCUGCCAGAGAAAGAAAUGUCAUCAGUGGAAUCACACGAGGAACAAUUGUCCCAGUCAGAUCCAUCCCCGUCACCAAACUCAUGUAGUUCCUUUGAGCUAAUAGACAUGGAUGCUGGCAGUUUGUACGAACCCGUUUCUCCUCAUUGGUUUUAUUGUAAGAUAAUAGAUUCUAAGGAGACAUGGAUUCCUUUCAACUCUCAGGAUUCACAGCAGCUGGAAGAGGCAUACGGCUCUGGAAAAGACUGUGAUAGGAGAGUUGUGCCCACUGAUGGGGGCAGAUACGAUGUUCAUUUGGGGGAGAGGAUGCGGUACGCCGUAUACUGGGAUGAGCCAGCAUCGGAAGUGAGGCGCUGUACCUGGUUUUACAAGGGAGACAAAGAUAAUAAGUAUGUUCCGUACUCGGAGAGCUUCAGCCAAGUGUUAGAGGAAACUUACAUGCUUGCUGUAACUCUGGAUGAAUGGAAAAAGAAACUGGAGUCUCCCAACAGAGAAGUUAUUAUAUUGCACAAUCCAAAGCUUAUGGUACAUUACCAGCCACUCGCAGGGUCUGAUGAAUGGGGUUCAACACCCACUGAGCAGGGCCGACCUCGAACAGUGAAGAGAGGGGUUGAGAACAUCUCUGUUGACAUUCAUUGUGGGGAACCUUUACAGAUAGAUCACUUGGUUUUUGUAGUCCAUGGGAUCGGACCAGCCUGUGAUCUCCGCUUUCGAAGCAUCGUACAGUGUGUUAAUGAUUUUCGCAGUGUUUCUUUGAACCUGCUGCAGACGCAUUUUAAGAAAGCCCAAGAAAAUCAGCAGAUCGGGAGGGUAGAAUUUCUCCCAGUCAACUGGCACAGUCCUUUGCAUUCCACUGGUGUGGAUGUAGAUCUGCAGCGGAUAACUCUGCCCAGCAUUAACCGCCUAAGGCACUUCACCAAUGACACGGUUCUGGAUGUCUUCUUCUACAACAGCCCCACCUACUGUCAGACUAUUGUGGACACAGUUGCUUCUGAAAUGAACCGGUUAUAUGUACUUUUUCUGCAGAGGAACCCGAAUUUCAAAGGGGGCGUAUCCAUCGCUGGUCAUAGUUUAGGUUCACUUAUAUUGUUCGAUAUCCUAACAAAUCAGAAAGAUUCUUUGGGGGAUGUUGACAGUAAAAAGGAUUUGCCAAGUAUUUUCAUGGAUCAAGGAGACAUACCAACACUGGAGGAAGAUUUGAAGAAACUUCAGCUCUCUGAAUUCUUUAGUAUCUUUGAGAAGGAGAAAGUAGAUAAGGAAGCUCUGGUUUUAUGUACAGACAAAGAUCUUCAGGAAAUGGGAAUUCCCUUAGGACCAAGAAAGAAGAUACUAAACUACUUAAGGACCAGAAAAAAUUCAAUGGGUAUUAAUAGACCAACCCCGCAAUCACCUGCAGGGGCGAAUAUGUCGAACAUCCCCAGAGAAUCGGAGUUCUGCAGUAGUACGAAUAGUACUGGAAACGAUGAGCAUCUGGAUGUGGGCAUUGGGCAGGUGCCUGUAAAAUACCCCCGGCUCAUCUAUAAACCAGAAAUAUUCUUUGCCUUUGGAUCUCCCAUUGGAAUGUUCCUUACUGUCCGAGGCCUAAAAAGAAUUGACCCCAACUACAAAUUUCCAACAUGCAAAGGUUUCUUCAAUAUUUAUCACCCUUUUGAUCCUGUGGCCUAUAGGAUUGAACCAAUGGUGGUCCCAGGAGUAGAAUUUGAGCCAAUGCUGAUCCCGCAUCAUAAAGGCAGGAAGCGGAUGCACUUAGAACUGAGAGAGGGCUUGACCAGGAUGAGCAUGGACCUUAAGAACAACUUGCUAGGUUCGCUGCGGAUGGCCUGGAAGUCUUUUACCAGAGCUCCAUACCCUGCCUUACAAGCUUCAGAAACUGCAGAAGAAACUGAAGCAGAACCUGAAUCAAGUUCAGAGAAGCCUAGUGAUGUCAGCACAGAAGAGAACCUUGUGGCGGUUAAACAAGAAGCGCCCCCCAUCCAUGUGGGAAUGCUGAAUGGAGGCCAGCGCAUCGACUAUGUGCUACAGGAGAAGCCCAUUGAAAGUUUUAAUGAGUAUUUAUUUGCUUUACAAAGUCAUCUAUGCUACUGGGAGUCUGAAGAUACAGUAUUGCUGGUCCUCAAAGAAAUCUACCAAACCCAGGGUAUCUUCCUUGAUCAGCCUUUACAGUAAAAAUGAACCACCUAUGGCUGCUUAAUUUCUCUUUGUGACAGUCCUUCACACCCCUCUCAGAUUCCUACAGGCCCUGGUGGACAGAGCGGUGUAGACAGGCAAGCUGUGUUUCGUUUUUUAUAUCGGUUUCUUGUAAGUCAAUGUAUCAUGGUAUCCAAAGCCCUGGAAUUUAACAUUCACAUAAGCCAUCUCUUUGCCAGCAGAGGGAAGGUUAAUUACUGUCACCCUAGAGAUAAGGUUGGGGUAGAGGUGAGAGCCUGGCCUUUCCUUGUCCAUCUGCUUACAGACUAAUGCUAAGCCACUAAGAAGUCUCAUCUACAUGAAAUACUUUAUUUUCUUUACUACGUAAACUCUGAGUCUGAAGUAAGGGUUACUGAGAAUUCAGCAGCAUUCAGUACAUAUGAAAGGGGAAGCUUUCAUCAAGUUGUUGUUUUCAGAUUUAAAUUUGGUCUUCCUAUUAGCAGAAUAACUAAAAUUUAAGAGUAAACCAAAGGACCAGCAAGAGUGAGUCCCUGUAACCAAAGAUGAACAGGAUCAACCCGGAUGGCUAGAUAAACCACUGUUUUUACUAAGAAGUGUUUCCUUCCUGGUGGUGAGGGGCGGGUGACUGGAAAAGAGCUUUAUAUCCUGUUUGUCCCCCUGUGCUGGUAUCACGGAUGUAUAUUCCACAGGGUAAUAAGCUUGACUUGAGUUCCUUGUUCAGUUGUAUGUUAUUUGCACUACUUCUGCUGUAUCGUGUGCAAUCUCUUGACCAAGCCUAUUUUUAAAUGAUGGUAGAGUAUCAUUUUAUACAUAUUCCCAGCUGCAGAACUGGUAUUGCUUAUCUCAGCAAAAGAGAUUGUUUGCAUGGAAAGAUUAAUAGCACUGACUAGCUUUCUGAUAUUUUGCACUUUUUGAAAUGUUUUUUAUGUGAUUAUAUUUAGAACUUUAGUAAAUACUGAAAUAAAACCAUACUGACCAGCUGACUACUUUUACCUGGCUCACCCAUCAUAGAG